AUGUCUGAAGCUGAUGUGACAUACUCUGACGUGAAAUUCACAAAAUCAAGGGAUAAAGACAAAGGUAGGUCCUAGAAUUAAUUCACAUGUGUAUCUGUGUAUCCAGUACAUCUUUCUAAUCUUGAAAUAACAUCAUCUACCUGCUGUGAGAGCGUUUAAAGAAAAUCAUCUAAAUUUUUACAAAAAGUGUCUUUAAGUGGAGAGUUAAAAAUGUGUAAAAAAUGUCUGUUUGGCACAUGUUGUCUAAAUGUUUCUCAGCAGUUUGUUUGUGGGUUUUUUGUUGCAGGGAAAGCUUCCCCUUCUGAGGACACCACAUACUCUGAGGUCAAGAUUGCAAAGACUGCACCUCAGCCGCCUGCAGAGCUCACUGGUGGGUAAACAUGUCAAAUAUAAACAGAAUAAGGAACCUGGACCUCCUGACGGUGAUUGUUACAGUGCAGUCAUAUUACAAAUAUAUCUUUAACAAGCCUUUUCAACUCAUUUGCACCCAUCAUGCUGGCCCUGGUACUCAGAAGUCUGAGUAUUUCAGCAAUCAGUAUUCUUAUUUCUCACUUUAUUUAAUGUUUAUAUUAUUAUUUGUAGUAUUGUUUAUUUUCCUUGGUUGUUUACAGUUGAACAGAGUCUAGAUUGUUUAAUUAAAUGCUUUUAGCUUGUGUAAACAAAAGAGUGAAAGUAAAGAUUAAAAGCUGAUACUUACAUAUGAUCAUCUUCCAUUCUAAUGUAGAUUUGGGAAUAUAAAUGUGAGAUUUGUCAUAUUUUUUCUGUAAAAUUGCAAACUGAAGCGGUCGCCCCGAGUUAUCUUAGCGUUAAAAUUUUUAAAAGUUACUGUCAUUGACACAUAAUCUAAAAGAGGGCUUUAACAGGGUACAGAGGAUGACUGCUUGAUGAGUAAAAAAUAAAAUAAGGAAGUGGUAAUGCAAUAGACUUUGGGCGAUCCAUAAUCAGCCUUCAUGUUACCUGUUAGUCUGUUUAUGUCUGUGUAAACCCUCCUCCAGUUACAGUAUAAUUCUGAGAGUAUGUGUGUAAAUAUGAGGACCUGCUAAUGUUAGGUCGUCUGAUCUGAAGCUGUGACGUGAUGGCUGAGUUGAUAUGUGCGACUCAAAUGGGGUUAAAGUUACUGCAGUGACAAGAACAGGAAAAGCUAAAGCAGACAUUGGAGCGUGGAGUGUGAAGGGUUGGUGUAUUUUAUAAAAGUGUGAGUGUAAACGUGUUUGCAGAAGUUGAACUCAGUCAUACCAUAAAAUGUGCACAUGAAGUUCCUGUAUCUGCACGUUGAAUCAUCUCUCUGUCUCUGAAGGUCAUCUGAAUCCUGUUUUCGAGGUAUUUCAAAGUGAUGACAUAUCUUCAGAUGACACAAACUAACGAUACUGAUGACACCAGCGUUUUUUUUUCGGUCAUCCUCUUGCCCAAAGCGAACAAGCCCAGCCAUGAUGACAGAGUUUAGGCCAACAGUAGAAAGAGAAGUUCACCGUAAAAGACCACUGUCUCUCUUUUCUGUCUUUUCUGUCGUCCAACAGGUCCACAACAACCGGCUGAAUCAAACAAACGGUCAUGUCCCACAUCAGUGACUGCGGUCGUGGUUGUUCUUCUGGUUCUUCUGGUUUGUGCUGCCUCUGCCCUUGGAUAUACCAGUAAGUGAUGAAGGUUCCUCUGGAUCACUGAUGGAGACGUUUUCCUAUCCUUGAUGGAGUCUCAUCUCUGUCCAUCUCUCUCUGAACUCAGCUCAGUCUCAGCAGAUGACUGUCUAACAUCAGUCUGGUUCUGCUCAGGGUUUCUGCCUGUUAACCCUCCUCCUGUGUUAGAGUCUGCUACGACCCGUUUUUGUCUUUAAAUGCUUAAAAGAACCACUGAAAUCCGUUUUUUUUUUUUGCAUCAAGACUUUUUUUUGACUUUGUCAGGAACCUCUAGUUCAACAAAAUGAAAAUCAAAAAAAUCAAAUAGACUCAAUUAUAAAAUGCUCUUAUUAAAAUCAUGGCUCUUGUCCUGUUAUGGACGCUGUUGACCCGGUUAGAUUAAAAAUCAAUAAUUAGAGCAAAAACUGAAAUCAUAAGUGCAUCGACAGGCACCACACUGACAGUCAGAUCCUCUUCCAAUCAUGUGAGAUUUAGGGAAUUCUGAUUUUUCCAUGUUUUUCCUGCACAAAAAACAACGGCGGGGAUGUUGAGACAUGUGAGAUCAAUUCAGUAAAGAUGUCUGUAUGAGGAGUAAACUGACAAAGAAAGACCCAGAGGCCCACAAUAAAAAUUAUUAUAAGCAAUAUUUUCAUUAAAUAAUGAAGCCGAACAAGGUAACCUGGAGAUGAGAACCAAACUGGAUGAUAGAGAAAUGUUCUGAGUUUACUAAGUACUAAGGAGUGAAGUGAUGUCGGCUGUGUGGAAGUCUGAACAAGACGUUGCAGCGGAGUGCAAAACUUGUCAUGCAUGUACAUGUGCCAAUAUCUGGUCAAUAUCGAUAUUGGCCAAUAGUGAAGGCCACAAUAUCGAUAUUGGAAGUCAAAAAGUUGUAUCGGGACACCCCUGAUAUUAAAGCUUCAUGUUUUCUGAACAUCUCUGUGAGAUAAUUGAAGAGACUCUGACCGUCAGAGUUUGAUUUUUCCUGACAAUCCUUUUUUCUUACACCAGCUUAUCAAAACUCUCAAACCGAAGAGCAACUGCGAAGUCUGCGAGUCGAGAAUGAAGAGCUGAAGAAAAACAUCACAGGUAGGUUUGGGACACUGCUGUCACUGGUUUGUUCAUUAACACUCAGGGUUUUGAGGAAUAAUGAGGACUUUAUUACACAGUGUGAUAAAGUUAUUGACUCCAUGCAGGUCCUCGGUAGCAUCUUCAAGAAUGACAGAUGAAUAAUAUUGUUAAAUGUAUUUAUUUUUUUCAUUUCAGGGAGGAAAUGUGAAGCGAAACCGUGCCUCAUAUUCAACCAAACAUGCCCGAGUGAGUACAGACUCUAUAUUGAAUUAAAGGUUCUGCCUCCUGAUGAUAAUUAAAGGAGCGUUUGAUAACCAGUAAACUGCCUCCAAGUUAAACACUAAAACUGAAGUCUUUGCUGUGAUUUAUUCACAGAGGAACAUUGUCUAAAAUGUGAAGAAGGCUGGGAGCGGUUUGGAGAAAUGUGUUAUAAUUUCUCUACCAAUAAAUUAAACUGGAACGCCAGCAGAGACGACUGUCAACGGAGAGGAGGAGACCUGGUGAAGAUUGAGAGCAGAGAGGAGCAGGUAAAACACACACAGAUCUCUGGGUCUGUGUUUCAUUUUGUUUUAUCACCGUGAUUUGGACGAUUCUGAUUCAAACUGUGUCGUUCAGAUCUACCUGGAUGAGAUAUUGAGAAAUAAGAUGAAGGAGCCUGAGGACAAGUUCUGGAUCGGACUGACAGACUCAGUGAAUGAGGGCGAAUGGUUGUGGGUGGACGGAUCUCCUCUGAACGAAAGGUUUGACUGUUUUGAACACAUUUACUAUAAAUCCAAAAAAAAGAAAUGAUGGAGCAUUUGAAACAAGUUUUUCCCUCUUUUCUGUCUCCUAGUUUGAAGUUUUGGAAUGGAGACGAGCCAGACAACUGGAGAGGAAAAAAUUCACGUGGUGAGGACUGUGCGAGGAUGGGGGAGCGAGGAGGAGCUGAAGACAAUGAAAGCUGGUUUGAUCAAUCCUGUGAGAAACUUAACAAACACAUCUGUGAGAAAUCAGCAGAAACUGGACAACUUGAAUGUGUGACCUCUCGGCCCAGUCUUAGAGCAGGAUACAGAACGUGAGGUAACAUUAAUACUGAAGAUAUUGAAUGUACAUUAGCUGUGCAGUGAUACUGAAAUCAUAACAGCAUGAUGUAUUUUAAAUAUGUUCUUACUGUCUGUAAAAUAAGCACAAGUUCAUUAUAAUGGGCCUUUUUUGAACAGGAGUGUUUGGAGCAACAUGAAGUUUGUUUAAAGAGUUUUAAAGUCAGAAUUAUGAGUGAAGCUCAAGUUAAAAUGAUUUUCUCAUGAGAAUAAAAACAUAGUUAAGUCUCUUUGUUACAAGUCCCUAAUUCAGUCUCAUCAUGCUGUUUUAAAAUACCACACAACUCAGUUUAUAUCAUGACUGAAAUACAACUUUAUUUUUGUAAUAUAAUGUUGAGAACUGAUUUUUUUAGACUUUAUUUUGAUUUUACAACUUUAUUCUGACAAAAAAAGUGUUUUUCUUUAUUGUGGCCUGAUUACUCCUUCAUAGAAUAUAGUAUUUUGGAUUUUUUUUACAUUUAUCUGAUCUGCUUGCUCUGAAUUAUGUUUUUAUUUAUCGAUUGAUUGUUCAGUUUGUAAAAACUUUUAAGAAUAGUGAGCCAUGUUUUUUUAUUUUCGCUUUAGUGGAGUAAAAAGUUGCUUAAGUGGUUUAAUUUUAACUAAUUGAUUGAUCCACUGACCACUUGGUUUUGUCGUUUCAUUUAAGUACUUAAACAUCAAAUUUUAAAAGCUUUUAUAACAACUGUUUGCCAAUAAUGUGUUUGUACAUUUGCAACCGAGUUAAUAAAUCCUGAAGCGUAGAAAACAGUAUGACAAGUUUUCCACUGAGAGUGAAUGUUCAGUGUUUGUGCAGGAUUAUAAAAAUAUAAAUACUGUAUAAAAAUGUCUUUUCUUAUUGCAUCACUUUAUAAUUCUUGUCCAUUAAAUCUAGAAUUUUAAUUGACUCAAUUCAAUGAAACGAGGAACAAACACGAUUCUGUAAACAGGAAAAAGUUUAACAUGAAAUGAAGUGAAGAGAAGUAAAAAAAACAAAGAAGUGACCGCGAGGAAGAGUCACGUCUAGAGUGACUUUUUAGUUGUGAAUAUUUGAAGAAAUUUUUCAAACUACACACUCUUUUUUUCCUGGUUAUCUAAAUUAGCGAGUUUAUCUGUGACUUUAUCAACACUUCUGCUGAUUUUGAGCAAAGAUUAAAACUUUUAGAAAAGUCUCAGAGUUGUUUAUUCACCACAGAUUGAAGAACUUUCGUAACGCAGUUUCUUGAGAACUGAAGUUGCAGUGAAGUAUAAAAAUGUUCAUGACUGUCAUGUCACAGGAAAACUACAACAGAGGGCAAAUAUUUUAACGAGUUAAUGCUGAAGUGAUGGAUUUCUGUUUGAAUUCAUGUGAGAUUUUUCAGUCACUAUGACUUCAGGAUAUCAUAGUUUUCUCAUCGUAAAACACAGUAAACUACAAAACACAAGGUCUUCAUCAGUAGUAUGAUCGAAAAAACUAUUUAACAUAAAUAUGAUGAAGUUUUCUGAGCAGCUGAUCAUGACAAAGUUGCUUCCCUCACUGUAAAGUAUUUUUAGGAACAUUAUAAAUUAAAGGUUUAACAGGAAGUGGUUAAUGCUAAGUGUCGUGUCUUCUCUGAAAUUUAGACUGUAAUCUAAAAAUCAACACAACAGGAAGAAGAACCAAAAACUGGUGGGUGUUAAAAUACCAUCUCUCUACCUGUCUACGUCAAAGCUUCACAACAUCUCCAUCCUCAGACUCGACUCCGUCCGAUAGAAGAACCUGAUCGCCUUUAAAAUGAAUCCCUCACAGAGCCACUCAGCAGGUAAGACACACUUAAAUUAGUCCAACUCAGUACUCAAAAGUCUGUUUAGAACUAUAAAUACCGUAUAAAUAUAAGGAUUCUUAUUACACCACUUUAUAAUUCUUUUCCGUCAAAUCUCAAAUUUUAUUUGAUUUAAUUCGACUGAUUCAAUGAAAAGAGGAAGAAACACGAUUCUGUAAACAGGAAAAACUUCAACAUGAAAUAAAGUGAGGAGAAGUAAAAAAAGAGGAAGUGACCGUGAGGAAGAGUCACGUCUAGAGUGUAAAUUAAGUGUCCAGAUGUAAACCUUUUAAUGCAGCCUCAUAUACGACACUUUUACAUUUCAGAGACUUACAGUAAAACUUACUCUUCUACAGUAUGGAGAGACGUUCGAACGUAAAUUUGAUAUCAACCUCAGUUAAAGGCGGGGUCGGCAGGAAACUGUUAAAGAAGCAUCUUUUUUUCUGGUGUUUAUACAAAAAACUUUUAAUAUCAGUUAUUAGUUAUUAGUUAUUAGUUAUUGAUGACAUUUGAUAAUAUAACGAUAUCUCUGUGUUCUCUUAUGUCUGUGUCGUCAACAUUUGAACAUUUUAGAGCGGUCCGCUCUUUCUGACUGUAAUCAAAGCCGUUCUCCGCCUCCCCGACCUGAUUGGUUGUUAGGCGGACGAUGCUCUUCCGAGUCAUUCACCGGCCCAAACAAAGUUAGCGUGCUACAAUAUCGGACAGUAGAAACCAACCAGAAAGUUCGGAAAAUUGUCUGAAUCCUCCUUUGGCCACGACUGCCGACACAAGCAAGAAAACAAAGUAAAUACCGGAGACUCUGGAGGAAUAACGGGCGCUUAAAACGGAGGUAGACCGGACAAGAGCUAAAAAGCCGGGUCAACAUAAACGAUGGGGGACGCUUGGGGAUCUUGGUGACCCUGUAACCUUUCUGCUGGACAGGUAAACCGCUUUAACAAAGUAAGACAAGUGUCUGUAACAGAAGUGUUUCUUGUCAAACGGACCUGCUGUAGCGUGUUGUAGCGCCAUCGCUAAACUGUCCUCCCUCGGGUCCUGGACUAUGUCACUUUAUCCUAGUUGUAGAAGUCCUGCAAACAUUGUGUUUGCUGGUAGUCUGUUGGCAUCUACAGUAGCACCAAUGUUUUUGACUUUCACCUUGACUGGGCCCCAUUUGUGAUGAUCUGAAGUAUUUAUCUGCAUUAUAUCUGAAUUUAACUGGAACGAUAGGAGCGAGCAGGAGCGUCUGUUUGUGGGCGGGGCUUGAGGGGAGAGGAGGAGCUGAGGGGAAAACUGGUUGUGAGGGGUAGAGUUUACAUUCAAGAUCUCUCCUAAAAACUGGAACGUCCUCAGAUCCUGACUACACCACCUUUAAAGGUUCUGCCCCCUGAUGAUAAUUAAAGGAGCGUUUGAUCACCAGUAAACUGCCUCCAAAUUAAACAAACUUUAAAUUUUGACUGAAGUCUUUGCUUUGAUAUAUUCACAGCAAUCAAGAGUCUUAAAUGUGACCAAGGCUGGGAGCGAGUUGGAGAAACGUGUUAUUAUUUCUCCACCUAUAAAUUAAACUGGAACGCCAGCAGAAACGACUGUCGGUGGAGAGGAGGAGACCUGGUGAAGAUUGAGAGCAGAGAGGAGCAGGUAAAACACACACAGAUCUCUGGGUCUGUGUUUCAUUUUGUUUUAUCACCGUGAUUUGGACGAUUUUGAUUUUUAAAAUGUGUCGUUCAGAUCUUCCUGGAUAAGAAACUGGAAGAAAAAAUGACUGGGUACGAGUACAAGUUCUGGAUCGGACUGACAGACUCAGAGAAAGAGGGCGAAUGGUUGUGGGUGGACGGAUCUCCUCUGAAUGAAAGGUUUGACUGUUUUGGACACAUUUACUAUAAAUCCAAAAAAAUAAAUGAUGGAGCAUUUGAAACAAGUUUUUUCCUCUUUUCUGUCUGCUAGUUUGGUGUUUUGGAAUGGAAAAGAGCCAGACAACUGGACAGGAAAAAAUCCACUUGGUGAAAACUGUGCGAGGAUGGGGGAGCGAGGAGGAGCUGAAGACAACAAGAGCUGGUUUGAUCGAUCCUGCGAGGAUCCUCACAAACACAUCUGUGAGAAAUCAGCCAUCAACGAAUGACUUAAAGCUGCUGUGAGGAGUUUUUGAAGGCGGUCAUCUCUACGCUGUAAAAAAUGCGGCUUUAAGAAACGACUUUUUCAGAGUUCAGCUUUAGAGGAGGACAGAAAGUGGAGCUAUGUUGAGAUUUUGUUCUGCUGAUGUUAUCAAAAUAAAAUCCUGACAGGAAAAUGCUCAUAUAACCAAAACAUUAUUACAGACUGAUGUGCUUUAGCUUCAAAGUGACAUUUCCUCUGAUUGAGAUGUAAAAAAACUGAAUUAAAAACUAUUAAAAAUGUUUUUUUUUCCUAUUGAUUGAUUUUUUAAAGAAUUCUGAAAGUGACGAAUGAAUUUUUUGGACGGGUGAAAUUAUUUGAAAUAUACAUGUAUAUACUGUUGAGUCAUUUUCCUGUUUGUGAGACUUAUAAUAAAACUAAAACUGACCCCAUAAGACCUUUCACUGCGGAGGUCUUCAAACCUCAGAGACUGUUGCUCAUAGACCGUAUAAACUAUAGACAACUUCGUUCUGCAAACCGUCGUUAUACGAAUUUGAAGGCGAAUUGCGCUCGGUAUUUCCGGGAUGCGAUAUUUUUUUGGAGGAUGGUAGGGGAAGGUCCUGCCUCCUUCACCUCUGAUUGGCUAGAAAAGCUGGAACGUCAUUACAAGCUCACUGCCAGAACAGCACCCUCUGGUGACGGGCUGCAGUAUAGGUCAUAAACCCCGCCUCUGCAGCAAUCCUUAUGGAGCUGUGAACAAACUUUAUAAAUUUAUUACUCAGAAUAUAAAUGUUUCUCCCUCCUGGUUGUGAUGUUGACAUGUAGUUACAGUCAGACUGGUUUGUGCUCAAGUCCUCUUUUUUCUGUACAGCUCUGUUUUUAAAAGUUAUUAGGGGGUUCAUGUUUUCUGUGAUUGACACCUGAUACAGCCUAUGGGCGUACAGAGAGCUUUUAGCUUCAAAUCCGUACAUCGGCGGAAGGUUGAACCAAGUUGUCCUUAGAAUAUACAGUCUAUGUCCAGAACAUUAUCGCAUUUCUGAAUCUCCUAACCCGACAGACGAUGACGUUUCACAGCCAUAAGGAAUAACCAAUCGAAGCCCAGCACUUCUCGCCAAUCAGAGGCGAAGGAGGCUGGACCUUCCCCCUACUAUCCCAUAGAUAAACUAAGGCUGUGUCCGAAAUGGCCUACUACUCCUACUACUCGUACUAAACCCGCCUCUGAAUUGAGUAGGCAGUGCGUUCACACUGUACAAUAUGCGAAUUUUGUGUAUGCGAGAAAUGCCUGGAUGUAUACUCAAUCAGCUUCGAUUUCUGAGUGUGCAACGGAGCUUGCUUCACGUACUGCUUCUGCCCCACAAUGCAUUGCGCACCUCAGCUGGUAAUAUGGCCCUCCUUCCCGAGGCUGAAAAGAAAUAGAUGGCAUGUGAUUGCAAUAAUAAUGAUAUUUAUAUAAAUAGAUAAACAAUAUUUAGUCAGUAUACAUUACACAAUUUUCAUCAUUUUAUCAUACUUUGAUCUUUUUACCAGAUUUAUUUGUAUUUUAAAUUAGGAUUAUAGGUAAUGUUUUUAACUAUUUGUAUGAAUUGACUUUAUUUAUUUAAGUGUCUAUUAAAGAUGUAUUUAUUACAUCAAGUUUGAGCAUCUUCUCAUCUCUGAAUGCAUCAUCAAAGUGGUCGCUCAUAUUAAGCACAGACCUCUGAUUAAUAAAAAUUAUUAUUGGUAGAGAGCACAUGGUUCAGAAUAUACAAACAGGGGAGUUUCCAGUUGACAAUCUAUGUGAGCUUUACUAAUUCUUACUUGUGAUUGAAAAUCUGAUGGUUUCUGAAAUAAUCAUUGUACAUGAAAAGAAUGUAGUCGGGAAAUGAUGUAUUUGCCAAGGAAUAACCGAACGAGGUCAUAAUAAUUAUGUUGUGUGUUGGUCAUUUUGCAGCCCUCUGCUGCUCAUCACAGGCCUAGCAGGUGGUGUAUAGCAUUAUCACCAUGGAUAUACAGAUGUUUGUGUGAUUUUUUUCAUCCACUGCCGCUCGGUUUGUGUCGUGUAGAUGUUGAUUAUGAAAACACUUCGCAAUAAUUUGGAAACGUAAAGGGGGAGCUGCUGCUGCCCGGUGUUUACGGUAAAUAGACGCAAACACCCACCAAGCGGACGCUUCGGUCUCUGAAAACGCAGAGACAAAUUUACAAACAGCCACUAUUUCAAACAACUGGGCUCAUGAUCUUGAUGUAAACACUUACUUUCUCGCUAGAAAAAAUAUUAUUAUUGAAUGAAUUUAUAUAAUUUGUCCGGGAUGCAGUCGUUCUAUGUAGCUUGUGGUAGGACUAUUUAAAUUUUCCCGGCGCUGCGUCCGGCCGGCACGAAAUGCAUUCUGGGGUAUUUAGUAUGCAUCUGUAUGUAAACGCUCGGGCAGCCGCAGCAUACUCAAAUCAUCUUUGAGUAGUCAGUAGGCAGUAGCUACUGCUUGAGUAGGUAAGUAGAUAGUAGGCAGUAUGCCAUUUCGGACACAGCCUAAAUGAAUCGAGGCGGAGUCACCGGCGUCUGUACACGGCGACCAUCUUACUCCAGUAUACCAUUCAGGUUCGCUCUAUGGUAGCCGACAGGAAGUGAGUAAUCUGCAUGAUCAAAAAUCCUCUUAACUCGCUCAAAUCUUGACAGAUUUACAAACAAUCACUUGAUGUUCCUUCCCACCACAGUCUGGACUUCAGCCCAUAGAGGGCGUGUAUUCCCGAUCAGAAAAUAACCGGGCCAAUCAGAGACCGUGUUUCCACUGUUACCCGGACAACAGGGAAAGGCAGCCCCUGAUUGGAUGGCCCGGCCAGGCUACUUCUUUGCUGCUGUACGACCCUUUGCUUCGACUCAACUUUAAGUCAACAAGUCUGGACUCAAAUGACCCCGAAGUUUUCAGAGACGUCCUUCAGUUACAGAAUCACGUUUUCACCUCGCAGCUCAAGUUCACACUUUGCAUCGUGAAAUCUCACAAUGUAAAGUUCCUGAAAAGCUUUGCAGAGUUCGAUAUUUAGUGAUGUGAAAUGCAGAAGCUGCAAGUUUCAACUCCGUCAUUUCUUCAGAAGUUGAGGUAUCAUCACCAAAUAAAUGCUGGAAACCACCAUGAGACAUUUUAUCAGAUGAAGCAACUUUUCGUCUGACCUUGUGGUAACGGCAUAGAAAAAAUUAAUCUGAACCUGAAAUCCAAGAAAGCAGAAACAGUUGUGCUGACGUGACAAGAUCCUACACCCAUCUGGUUUCUCUGCUUUAUUAACAGGAAGAACGUUUCUUCAUCUUCAGUCCACUCCCUCUGAUCCGAGGACCUGGACAGCUUUACCAUGAGACCUCUACGGAGCUACAGACGGGGUAAGGAGAAGUGAUUUCCCUGCUGAAGAGACGUGUGGAUGUUUGGGUUUAUUCUGCCCACUCUCUCUGUGUUGGACAGGUGAAACUUCAGACUCUCUGCAGCUCAUAGAGUCCAGCGGAGGGUCAAAGGUCCCAUCAGAGAGGGUGGUUCUGCUGGUCCUCGGCGCUCUCCUGGCUGCUGCUCUCGUCCUCAUCUGGUGCCUCAGUGAGUUCCUCACGUUUUCAUCAUGAAGUUCGUUUGUUUUGGUUUUGAUGGGUGAAAAAUUGACGUCUCAGCUGCAGAUAUCAGUCCACUCUUUGGAAAAAUCCACGUUUCCUGACUUGUGAAGUCUCCAGACUCUGUUUAUUCAUUUUCAUCUUUAACUUCACUGACUUAUACUUUUCGAUUUCCACUCAGUUCGUACAAAUAUAAGGACUCAUGUAAGUUUCCAGAGACUGAGAGACGAGCACGAAGCGCUGAGGAGAAACCUCACAGGUGACUCUUUCAAACAUUCACACGCAGCUCAAACUUUACAACUUUUGACUUUAAUCUGUUUUAAUCCGUUUUAAUUACAGAAGGACUGGAUCAGGACAAACUGAAGCGUGAGUAGAGAGCUUUGGUUUUCUUUCACUGUAUUUACGUCUCCAAAAUAACACGUCAUCAGAGCUGACGGAAGUCUUCGCUGAUCUCUCCAGAGAAGAAUCUGAAAUGUGAAGACGGCUGGGAGGAGAACGGAGGGAAGUGUUUUUACUUCUCCAUGACUCGAUCACCCUGGAGUGAGAGCAGAGCUGAGUGCCAACGCAAGGGAGGAGAUCUGCUGAAGAUCCAGAGCGGAGAGGAGCAGGUGAAACACCCUGAGAUGAAGUUCUCAGCAUUUAUUUUCAUCCUGCUGCAGAGUCCCUUCAGUUUACAGUUUUGUUUGUGUUCUCGCAGGAUUUCCUGAAUUUGAAGUUACCGGAACGGAUGGACAAUUCUGAGGACAUGUUCUGGAUCGGACUGACGGACACGCAGACGGAGGGUACCUGGUUGUGGGUGGAUGGAUCGCUUUCGGACACAGGGUUCGACUGUUUUUAACACAUUUUAGUUCAUCUCCAAAAUAAACGCAGCAGUUUUAAGGAAGCGUUUCUACCUUCUCUCUGCAGGUUCACGUUUUGGGGUCAGAAUGAGCCAGACAACCUGAUGCAUGACGACGCGAGAGGGCAGGACUGCGCUCGGGUGGGGGGAACAGGAUUCAGUAAGCACUGGUUCGACAGAUCCUGCCGGAGCCCCCAGAAGAGUAUCUGCGAGAAACCGGUCGAAAAAGCCGAAACUGGACUCUGA